CUGGAUAUAUUGUUUACACGGAGUCACAAUUUGUAUUUUAACAAAUGGCUUUGAAAAGUUUUGGAAUGAGGUUGUAACACACACUGAGAUGUGUUAGGAAGUAGUAGACCUGUGUGCUUUGUUCGCGUUGAUGGGAAGUAAAAAUAAAAAAAUAAUUGUUGACAAUGGGAGUAAUUUCAUCCAAAAAAAAUCCGGACCCCGAGGCCCCGUCCUCAACGGAGCCUUCGUUUGGAAAACCUAAGGUUGCACCAGAACUGGGCCGUCUGCUUUCCACUUACCAGUUGAUCCCGUCCUUCAAAGAAUGCGCGGAGUUGCACUGUUUUGCAGACGAUGUGGAGAAGGCCAAACUUCUCCCGCCGCCUAUUCCACCCACAACAAAGAAGCAUGAGAUCUUUGACAUCAACAAGUACAAGAAAGUGGACGAACGGGCCGUCAAGGCCCCGUCCAAGUUACUGAAGCAGCCUCUGAGUAACCUGGUGGAGUACCUGACCGAGGGCCUGGAGGAUGAUCUGUCCAAGGUUCGUGCCAUUUACCGCUGGGUCACGUGUCAGCCCGUGGACAGCAUGAAGAUCCCCAACAAGGAACCUUCCCAGUCCCACACCAUGUUCCAGCUGUGGCGGAUCAAACAUCGCAAAGGAAACUAUGCCCAGCUGAUCAGCCUUCUAUGUCGAUUUGCUCAGCUGCCUUGCAUAAUAAUCCAUGGAAAAUUAAAAGGAUCUACAUACGAAGUUGGCGAGAAGUUGGACGAGGAGCAACAUUAUGGCGAAUGGAAUGCUGUUCUGGUUGAUGGAAACUGGCGUUUCAUCAACGCAUACUGGGGCACAUGCGCAGAGGGUGGAACAGAAGAAGAGAUGUGGGAGGUUGUGGACAAGGGGGAUGGAGAAUUAAAGGGUGACCAACAAAGCAGACAGUUGUUUUAUUCUUGUGACGAGAACUAUUUUCUGACUGACCCGGAGCAGAUGGUCAGUACACACUUGCCGAGUCAGCCAUCGUGGCAGCUUUUGGCAAAUCCGGUUACGGAGGACGACUUCACGGAAAAUGCAUUUUUGAAAGACAGAUUUUUCAACAUGAAUCUGAAAUUAAAGAAACCAAAGAAAUGUGUGGUUAUGUGUCAAAGUGAAACAGAACUAGUUUUCGAAAUACCGAAAGAACGAUCAUUGAACCUUGAUUUUCAGCAUUUGUUGUUCAGAAUGAAAUCAACACAAGGGAACCUUCCACGGUACGAUCGAUAUGUAUUUCUGCAAAGAACAAAUGAUGAGACGCUUCAAAUUCGAGUUCGAUCCCCGGUUGCCGACACGUUCCGUUUCGAACUUGUUGGGAAAGAUGUAACGGUGAGAGAUAAGACAUACGACUAUGACUGGAUCGCCAUAUACAAACUAGUGUUCGGAAAAGACGAUGAUUCGAUUGAGCCUUUCCCAGAAUGUCCGAUCAUUGGCUGGGGGCCUGGUCGGGCGAUGAUGGAAUUCGGCUUGGCACCGAUGAGUCAUUUCGGAGGAGAAAUAAAAAACAAAGACGAUGGAAAGAUUGAGGUUAAAUUCGGAACAACCAGUGACAAGGACUGGAAUAAAGUAAAAAUCCACGGAGAGUUAGUCAAGGGAGGUGGUGAAAGCGAGCCUCUACCUGACCACGUGAUUCAUCGCGUGGAAAACGGUGACGUCAUAUUCAAUGUUAACACACCAAAAACCGGCGAGUACGCUCUGAAGCUGUACGCAAAAGGUGAACGGGACAAAGAGGCUAAGAACAUUUGUAAUUACAUGAUUACUUCGGAGCAGAAGGGAGAGAACUAUGCGUUUCCUCGUGGAUUCCAAGGUGGUCUUGGGCCUAAAGAAGCGUUCAAUUCUCUUGGUCUUCGAGCGCUUUCGCACCAAUCUGGCAUGAUAGAGACUGACGAGGAAGUGCUAGAAAUUUCUUUCGAAAAAACUAAUGAGAAUAUUGAACUGUCUUUAAGCCUUACGGGAAAUACAAUUCGACCAGAAAUGGCCAAACGAUUGAUAGAGGAAACAGUGGAAGGCAAUAUAGUAACGUACAAAGUAAGACUGCCGCAGACUGGUAAUUACGGAAUCAAAGUAAUGGGAAAUCGCGGGAGAGGGAACGAGAACGUGUAUGAUUACGUGGUACAGUACAAGAAAUCCCACAAAAAGAAAUCCAAGCCUUCACAAAAUGCGGCUCCAGAAAUGCCUAAACCUCCGCCAGAACCACAAGUACAGAGAGAUCCAAGAUUAACUGAAUACAUUCAAACGAUGAAGAAAGCCAUUCAGGAGCAAAACGAGACCGACCUGGAGCUAGCUCUUGACGACCUCAAGAAUCUUGGUCUACCAACCGUGAAGGAUGAAAUCCAAUAUGGCGAGACCGAGCUUGAUGUGAUGCGGUGUCGGCGAGAACUUAACGAAGCUACAGAACUGAAGGACAUGGACGCAUUAAAGAGCGCCCUGCAGCUGACCAAGACUAAGAAUGUGGAAAACCGACUGACCGAAGAAGUCGUUCGCGCCAAGGCAAUGCUUGAUCGUCUGCGAAACAUCGCCAAACUCAUGCACGCCGUACUGGGUCUGGACCAGAAAACGAUUGCAGAAAUCAGAGGAUAUCAACAUCCGCCUCCGGCUGUACAUCACGUGAUGAUGGCGUCACUGCUGUUGCUAGGACACUGGGAGGAGGAAACUGAGAAAAUUGUGAAGCGUUACAAGGACCCAGACUUCCAUUGUACAAGUGACUGGAAGAACGUACAAAUCGCUCUUGGAAAGCUGGGAAAAGACUCUAUUAAGCGAAAAAUUCAAGAAUUGAAAGUAAAUGACAUACCACUAGAUGUCGCUUUGGGAGCACGUGACUUGAUUCGAGAUUUCACUUUAGAUCAAGUGCGCAUGGUCAGUGCUGGUGGAGCAACGUUUUAUAUUUGGGUCCGAGGCUUGACAGAGGAAAUAGAGAAGAGAAAUGCAGAAAUAGUACAUACAGUUCGUCCACGAACGAGUCAACGAAGAAAAGAGAAAACUUCAGUCGGAUAAAGGGAAGCAAUAAAUCAAAUAACCAUGAAUCGUCUCUGUUGCCAAAUAGUUGCCUUUCAUUUAUAUAUGAAAUCCAUUGUAUAUAAUUAUUAAAAGUUAUUAUCAUGUAAUGCACUUUUAAAGAUCCAUUUUAUUUAUUUAUUCAAAUAUUCAAAAUAUAAUUAAAUGUGAAUGAGUUAACUUUACAUGGAACAAUGUACUUAUUGCACAAGAAUAAUAUCGUACUGUUUGGCCAUAUGAUUUCAAGUGUGGUAUUUUUCAGAGCAUUUUGACUUUUUAAAAAAAUUUUAUAAUCAUGUAUUUAUAUAUGUACUGUAACUUAGGAGAGUUUGUGACUGUAGUGUGUGUUUGAGUGACUGAAAUCGAUCAUUUAUAAGCUAUUCCACAUAGAGUCAUGUCUCGUUGCUUUUAUUUGAAUUCCAAGUAUUUUCCUAUCCGUCCGUCACAAUUUUUCUCUCUGUAAACUAUGAUGUUUUCUGUGAUGUGUAAAUAAACUCCCGUCCAAAUAGCGUUUAUUGUGAGACUAUUGCGUCACCCAUCCUGCUUGUUUAUUUACCAUAAACCAAUAGUAUUAUGUGCAGAUUCAAAAUAAAGUUAUGUUUUGUUUAAUUUUGAGUAAUAAAAUUAUUCGGUAUACUA